CUAAACUGUCAGUGUCACAAACUUUACGAGAGUUUGUCCCUAUUUUUACAUACAACACACUUACAAAAUACAAAUACAAGCGUAUAAAUUUUAUUCAUUAAUAUUUUGAACCAACAAUCGUUUUUACAAACAAUAUUUCAGUUUUUAAAACAAAAUAUACAUUUUUACUUGACUUAUAAGGUAUUUACUGUUCAGGUUAUCUAAAUAAUAACAGAUAUGGACGGAAAAACUACAAAAAUGCCCAAGGUGGCUAAGGUUAAAAAUAAAGCUCCUGCUGAAAUUCAAAUCACAGCUGAACAGCUUUUACGUGAAGCUAAAGAGAGAGAUUUGGAAAUUUUACCCCCGCCGCCAAAACAGAAAAUCUCUGAUCCAGAAGAGCUAAGAGAUUACCAACAUCGUAAACGAAAAGCAUUUGAGGAUAAUAUUCGCAAGAACAGACUUGUUAUAGGAAAUUGGCUCAAGUAUGCUCAAUGGGAAGAAUCACAAAAACAAGUUCAGAGAGCUCGUUCAAUCUAUGAAAGAGCCUUGGAUGUGGAUCACAGAAAUGUUACCCUUUGGCUGAAGUAUACAGAAAUGGAAAUGCGAAAUAGACAAGUAAAUCAUUCCAGGAAUUUAUGGGACAGAGCAGUAACAAUACUCCCAAGAGUGUCCCAGUUUUGGUACAAAUAUACUUACAUGGAGGAAAUGUUGGAAAAUGUAGCUGGAGCAAGACAAGUUUUUGAGCGAUGGAUGGAAUGGCAACCAGAUGAACAAGCUUGGCAAACAUACAUUAAUUUUGAACUGCGGUACAAAGAGCUAGACAGAGCUAGGCAGAUAUAUGAAAGGUUUGUCAUGGUGCAUCCUGAUGUUAAACAUUGGAUUAAAUAUGCAAGAUUUGAAGAAAAUCAUGGUUUUAUAAAUAGUGCAAGAAAAAUUUAUGAGAGAGCUGUAGAAUUCUUCGGAGAUGAAGAAUUAGAUGAGAGACUUUUUAUAGCCUUUGCAAAGUUUGAAGAGAACCAAAAAGAGCAUGAUAGAGCCAGAGUUAUUUACAAAUAUGCUCUAGAUCAUAUUCCUAAGGACAGAAACAAAGAAUUGUACAAGGCUUAUACAAUACAUGAGAAAAAAUAUGGUGAUAGAUCUGGUAUUGAAGAUGUUAUUGUUAAUAAAAGAAAAUAUAUGUAUGAACAAGAGGUAAUAGAAAAUCCUACUAACUAUGAUGCCUGGUUUGAUUACAUAAGGCUUGUUGAAAACGAAGGAAAUGUGGAUGAUAUAAGGGACACUUAUGAGAGAGCUAUUGCAAAUGUUCCACCAUCAAAAGAUAAACAAUUCUGGAGAAGAUACAUAUACUUAUGGAUUAAUUAUGCCUUAUAUGAAGAACUAGAAGCUGAAGAUAUAGACCGUGCAAGACAAGUUUAUAAAACUUGUUUAGAAUUAAUACCACAUAAAAUAUUUACAUUUUCUAAAAUUUGGUUGAUGUAUGCUCAAUUUGAAGUUAGAUGCAAAUAUUUAAAGCAAGCCAGAAAAACAUUAGGAAUGGCACUUGGAAUCUGUCCUAGGGAUAAACUUUACAGGGGUUAUAUAGAUCUAGAAAUUCAACUCAGAGAAUUUGAUAGAUGCAGAAUUCUUUAUCAGAAAUUUCUGGAAUAUGGUCCAGAAAAUUGUGUUACAUGGAUAAAAUUUGCAGAACUAGAAACUUUACUUGGUGAUAUAGACAGAGCAAGAGCUAUUUAUGAGAUUGCAGUGAAACAACCAAGACUUGAUAUGCCUGAAUUAUUGUGGAAAAGUUACAUUGAUUUUGAAGUUUCUCAAGGUGAAACAGACAAAGCAAGACAUCUUUAUGAAAGACUGUUAGAGAGAACCGUUCAUGUGAAAGUAUGGCUCUCUUAUGCUAAAUUUGAGUUGAAUUCUGAAAAUGCUGAUAAUAUAAACACUGAUUUAGCACGUCGUGUAUAUGAGCGAGCAAAUGACAGUCUCAGAAGUGCUGGUGAGAAGGAAUCCAGAGUUCUUCUUCUAGAAGCAUGGAAAGAUUUCGAAACAGAAGCAGGAGAUACUGACAAAAUUGAAAAAGUUUUAGCUAAAAUGCCUAGAAGAGUGAAAAAGAGACAGAAGGUUGUCAGUGAGAGUGGUGUGGAAGAAGGAUGGGAGGAAGUAUUUGAUUACAUUUUCCCUGAAGAUGAAAUGGUCAGACCCAACUUGAAACUUCUAGCAGCUGCAAAACAAUGGCGGAAAAAACAAGUGCUACCAGAAAACUCCGAAUCAAAUGAUAACCAAGCAGAAGAAAAAGAAAACUCACCUCAUACCCCCAUAGAAGACAAUGAGAACAACACUGAAAAUGAGUCAUAAAUUGUGAUUUUAAAUGUAAUAAAAUUGGAAUUGACUGAU